UUAGUAUAUAUAAUUUGUCAUGGGAUUUUCUUCUCCAAAUUACAUGAUGAACCCAUAUCUCACACUAGCCCUUUGCGGCAUCCUCUUCGUCUUCAUUAAACCGUCUCAUCAGCAAGCUUCUAAUUCUUCAGUUCCACCCAUCCUCAACCCUAGACUCCUGGAUGCGUUUAUAGCUUUCCAAGCUUGGAAACAUUCAAUCAUCUCUGACCCUAAAAACUUUACGUCAAACUGGUGUGGCCCAAAUGUCUGCAACUACACCGGAGUCUACUGUGCACCACCCCCAGAUGACCCUCGUACCAUAACAGUUGCUGGUAUAGACUUGAAUCACGCCAACAUAUCUGGUUCUCUGCCAGAAGAGCUUGGCCUCCUCACUGACUUAGCUCUAUUCCACCUUAAUUCCAACCGCUUCUAUGGUUCCAUCCCUGAUAGUUUUCGCCAUCUUCGCCUCCUUUAUGAGCUGGACAUCAGCAACAACCAAUUCAGUGGUGAAUUUCCUUCUGUUGUUCUUUAUCUGCCUUCACUCAAAUUUCUUGAUAUUAGAUUCAAUGCUUUCCAUGGAAAGGUCCCUUCUAAACUAUUCGACAUGCAACUUGAUGCACUUUUCAUCAACAACAACAGAUUCAAUUCAUCUUUGCCUGAAAACUUUGGCAAUUCUCCAGUAUCAGUUGUUGUAUUGGCCAACAAUAACAUUAGUGGUUGCUUUCCUUCGAGCUUGACGAAAAUGGCAGGGAAUCUUACCCAGAUAAUCCUCGUGAAUAUGGGAUUGACUGGUUGUCUAAAGUCGGAUAUAGGGUUGCUGAACCAAGUGAAAGUUUUUGAUGUAAGCUUCAACAACCUUGUGGGCUCAUUGCCAGAUUCUAUGGGAGAAAUGAAAAGCUUGGAGCAGCUAAAUGUGGCGCACAACAAUCUAUCUGGUGAGGUUCCAGAGAGUAUAUGCUCAUUGCCAAGGUUGGAGAACUUCACAUACGCUUAUAAUUAUUUCUGUAGUGAGCCGUCCGUUUGUCUUGAGUUGUCAGCCAACGACGACCGGAAAAACUGCAUACCUGAUAGACCUUUGCAGCGAUCACCUGAGGAAUGCAAAGCAUUCUAUGAUUAUCCUGUUAAGUGUGAUGCAUUUGGGUGCUCAUCUAGUCCACCACCUUUGCCGCCGCCUCCUCCGCCAGUGCAUUAUUAUCAUCAGUAUCCUUGACUAGUAAAGAGAUUUAUAUUAAUAAACAAAUUGAUUUUUCUUUCAAUUCCAGUCCCUUUCAUGACAGGAAAAAUAUACAUUGUGAAUUAGAUUGUUUGUAUUCUAUAUUCAACAUUUUGUCCGGAGAAGAAAAUUGCUUGACUUUUAUCAUUUGUAUGUUUGUAGAUACUUGUGGAUUUAAUGAAAUAAUGUUUCUUCUUCGAUACAAGUUGGCUAGAAAAUUGAUAUUUUUGUUGAGUAGUUUCGAUCAGUCCAAGAAUGGUUGCUUUCUUGUU